AUGAAUUUAUCUUUGCAAGACCCAUUUGCCGUGGCCAAAGAAUAUCCAGAUUCUCUCAUACAGACGUUCCAAUAUGGUCAUUCUACUACAUUCCAGUUCAAUAAAAAAGGAGAUUAUCUCGCAAGUGGGACGAGUGAUGGAUCUAUUGUGAUUUACGAUUUAUCGAUUAAUGGUGUGAUAUGUUUGAUGGAAUCCGUUCAUUCACGUCCCAUUACAUCUUUGAGUUGGUCUUCAUGUGGCCAGUAUUUAUUGAGUACAUCACAAGACUGGACAUGUAAAUUAUGGGAUUUGAAUAAUUGUGAAACACCUUUAAAAUCGAUUCUUUGUGACGGGCCCAUUUGGCUGGGAAUGAUUAACCCAAAUAACUCACAAGAAUUUGUCUUAUCGUUGUUUGAAGACAAGCCUAUAUAUUAUAGGAACGAAGUAGUGAAAUUAGAAACGGAACCUGAAAUAACAAAACAUUUGACCUUGGUAAGUGUAUUCACACCUGAUGGCCAAUAUAUAUUCAUGGGAACGAAUAAAGGAUACUUGAAUAUAAUAUCCACCAAAGAUUUAAAGCUUGUGCACCUGUUCAAACUAGCCAAUUCCAACAUAAAGAAUUUAGUUAUUUCCCCCAACGGUAGAAAAUUAGCUGUUAACUCCAGUGAUAGGAUCAUAAGACAAAUAAUAGUACCUGAUCUUAUAAAUGACGAUGUAGAGAACUGGGAGUUCGAAGUUGAACAUAAAUAUCAAGACGUGGUCAAUAAGUUACAAUGGAAUUCAGUUUCAUUCAAUCAUAACGGAGAAUUUCUUGUAGCAUCAACAUUUGGAACUCAAUCUUCACAAGAUUUAUAUAUAUGGGAAACAUCCAUGGGGUCGCUUAUCAAAAUUCUUGAAGGUAGCUCUGAAGAAUUAAUAGAAGUAAAAUGGAAUUAUCCACGAUGUAUGAUAGCUUCAAAUGGUAUCGAAUACGGUAUAAUAUAUUUAUGGUCGGUUGAAUUCCCCCAAAAAUGGAGUGCAUUAGCACCGGAUUUCGUGGAAAUUGAAGACAAUAUUGAAUAUCAGGAAAAGGAAGAUGAAUUUGACAUUAUAGAUGAAGACCUUUUAAACAAGAAAAGAAUGGAGGAAGAAGAUUUAAAAGUUGAUAUCAUAACCACUGAAAAAUUAGACGCUCGUGGAUUUGAUUUAACUUCUAAAUCUUUCAUUAUCCCUAUCAAUUAUGAACAAUCUUUAGCCAAUUAA